CGCAGGCGCAGUACCGAUUGCUCGGCGGCGAGCGGCACGCGCGCAACCCGGGGAUGCUGGAGCGGGUGCGAUGGCUCCCGCCAUGCAGUCGGCCGAGUUCCAGUUCGCUCAGCGGCUGGCCUCCAGCGAGAAGGGAGUCCGCGACCGCGCCGUGAGGAAGCUGCGGCAGUAUCUCAGCGCGAGAACGCAGAGCGACACAGGAAGUUUCAGUCAGGAAGAACUCCUAAAAAUAUGGAAAGGACUCUUCUACUGCAUGUGGGUACAGGACGAGCCCCUUCUGCAGGAGGAGCUAGCAGACAUUAUCUCCCAGCUCAUCCAUGUUGUGAACAGCUCAGAGGCUCAACACCUCUUCGUUCAGACCUUCUGGCAGACCAUGAAUCGAGAGUGGCAAGGCAUCGACAAGCGGCGGCUGGACAAGUUCUACAUGCUGAUCCGUCUGGUCCUGAGGCAGUCCUUUGAAGUUCUCAAGCGGAGUGCCUGGGAAGAAAGCCAAAUCAAACUUUUUCUGGACAUCCUGAUGAAAGAGAUCCUGAGUCCCGAGAGUCGCUCUCCUGAAGGUGUGCGAUCCCACCUGAUCAGUGUUUAUUUGGAUGAGCUUUCCACUGUGGGAGGGAGCGAGCUUUUAGCAGACCAGAACCUCAAGUUAAUUGAUCCAUUCUGCAGAAUUGCUGCCAAGGCUAAGGACCACACACUGGUACAGACUGUAGCUAGGGGUGUUUUUGAAGUCAUUGUAGAUCAGUCUGCUUUUGUACCUGAAGAGACUGUGGAAGAGCAGAAAACCAAAGUGAGUGACAGCGGCCUCCCUGGAGAAGAGAUCCCCGUAAACAAGACGGCCUGUAGGAAAGUCAGUGGGAAGAAGGCCGCACUGGGUGAAUGUCUCAGAGAUGGAGUCAUUGGCAACAGAGAAAGAGACAGCUGUGCAGCCUUGAAGGAUUCAGGGUCACCUCUCCAGUUUGACUAUAAGGCUGUUGCUGAUCGACUCCUGGAAAUCGCCAACUCGAAGAGCACACCUCCCUUCAACCGGAAGAGACUCUGCAGACUGAUCAGAAAGUUCCAGGACCUCUCUGAAGGUAAGAAGAAUGCUCCACUCGGUUUUGCUGAAGACAUUUGUACCGAUGAGAAUGGUCAAGCCCUCAGCCAGAAAAGGCACAAGAAGAAAAGAAAGAAGCUUUUAGAGAGAUCCGCCUCGGAAGGGGAGAGAGGUAACACGGUCUCUCCUGCUGGUGAAGAGGUCAGUGGAGGCCACGUUCACAAGAGGAAAAGGAAAAAAAAGAAGAGGAGCCACUUCCAGUCUGAGACUCAGGACCUGGAUGCUGUGGCCAUGCCCCCAGCACAGAGUGCUGGCAGUGAGCCUGGUGCUGCCCAGAGGCAGGACCCACCGACCUGUGUGACUGCGCCUGCAGCAGAGGCUGGAUCCAGCAUCAGAGAGAACAGCCCCAAGCCAACACCCAUUGCUUCCAUGCACAGUAAAAGGAAACGGCCAAGAAAGAAGAGCCUGAGGGCCCACAGAGAGAUCUGGAAAUCCACCACUUUACCUCAGGAGGACGCGUCAGAGAAUGGCCCUGUCGUUGGCCAUCCUCAGAGCUCUGCUGCUUGCGUUUCCUCCUCAGGAGGUGUCCAGGCCCAGAAGAGGAAACGGAAGCUCGGAGCUCUCCAUAUUAGGGGUGUUGGCCUGACCGUGCAGAAGGCAGGUACCCCAGCAAGCCUAGUGGAGGGGAAAGAUGACCAGACCACCCUGCCGCGGUGCAAGAGGUCACAAAAGAAGAGACCGUCCAGCAGCCUUGACCUCUGUGAUCUGUCCAGUCAAAAAAUAGGAGUCUUAAAAAAGAGGAAAAAAGUGAAGAAGAUGUCAAAUUUGGUAGAGCACAACGGAGUGUUGGAGUCCAGCGCCGGGCAGAUCCAAGCUCUGGUAAGCUCUUACACUUGCAGGACUCUGAAGAAGCCGCUGAAGACGGAGGGCGACUUCGUGAAGUUCGACACCCGCUUCGUACCAAAGCCGCUGUUCUUCAGGAAAGCAAAGGGCAGCUCUGCCACCCGUCCCCAAGGUCCUGCUGUCCAGCUGAAUAAAACACCCUCCAGUUCCAAGAAAGUCACCUUUGGAUUGAACAGAAACAUGACUGCAGAAUUUAAGAAGACAGACAAGAGUAUCCUAGUCAGCCCCACAGGCCUCUCCAGAGUGGCCUUUAACCCUGAGCAGAGGCCACUCCACGGAGUGCUGAAGACCCCCACUAGCUCCCCGGCCAGCACUCCUCUGUCUGCCAUGAAGCUACCAGCCUCCACCCCAAAGAGAAGGCCAAGGGCUGCAGACUUCUUCUGAGAGCCAGAGACGCUUUUUAAAGACUGCUUUUAUACUGGAUGUUCUAUAAAUUAUAACUUUUAAUGGACUUCUUACUUAUUUUACAAAUCCACAUGAAUGGGGCAAAUAUUCUGAACCUGAGCUGCUGCCCCCAUGCCUCCUGCGGGGGCUGCAGACCAUGGGUCUUGUCCAGAAGGACCAAGUGCUGUUGGUGUGUGGAGCCCCUCCCAGGUGCCCAUGGCUGUACCUGCCACAGUCCGCUGCCUUUCUGGGUGUUUGUAACCUCAGUCUGCCUCCUUGUGAAAGCAUGUCAGCUUUCAGCCCCUUCUGUGGGCGUUCAUUCGGCUGGUUCUCCUAGUGAUGACUAUUGAAACCGAAUGAGCAAUAGUGUAGCUUUUCUACGUGUGACCAGCAGGGGGGUGGACAGGUAUCGGGUGGGGAAAAGCCACUCAUCCAAGAGGCUUUUUCUCUGCCCAGCCUGUUCCUGUCCCUGACUUCCUACCUCUAUAGCAAACCCAAAGUGUCUUUUCAGGAGGGCCAGUGCCCCCCAGACUGUUGCCCGCAUUAGCACAUUGUUUUUCAGGCCUGGGCCACUGUUCGUAUGCUCAGUGAGCGAGCCCCUGCAA